CCUCUGCAGUUCGGCCCACACACAUACACACAUAUACACAUAUAGACUAACCUCGUUGAGGAUUUAAUACCCUGUACACCGUAGAAAGAUAAAAACAAAAAAGAUUCCGACAUGCCAUUUUCGGAAUUAUAUUUUAACGUGGAUAAUGGCUAUUUGGAAGGGCUGGUGAGAGGUUUUAAGGCUGGAAUCCUCACUCAGGGCGAUUAUCUGAACCUGGUUCAGUGUGAAACGUUGGAAGAUCUGAAGCUUCACUUGCAGAGCACGGAUUAUGGAAGCUUUCUGGCCAACGAAGCAUCUCCUCUCACCGUAUCAGUCAUCGACGACAAGCUGAAGGAGAAGAUGGUGGUGGAGUUUCGCCAUAUGAGGAACCAGUCAUACGAGCCUUUGGCCAGCUUCAUGGAUUUCAUCACGUACAGCUACAUGAUUGAUAAUGUCAUUCUGCUGAUCACGGGCACACUGCACCAGAGAGCUAUCUCAGAGCUGGUGCCUAAAUGUCACCCGCUGGGCAGCUUUGAGCAGAUGGAAGCUGUCAACAUUGCCCAGACCCCUGCUGAGCUCUACAACGCCAUCCUGGUUGAUACACCAUUGGCUGCUUUCUUCCAGGAUUGCAUCUCGGAGCAGGAUCUGGAUGAGAUGAACAUAGAGAUCAUACGUAACACUCUGUACAAGGCUUAUCUUGAGGCCUUUUAUAAGUUCUGCACCAAUCUAGGUGGGACGACGGCAGAUACGAUGUGCCCUAUUCUGGAAUUUGAGGCAGACCGGAGGGCCUUUAUAAUCACAAUCAACUCAUUUGGGACAGAGUUGUCUAAAGAGGACCGAGCAAAACUCUUCCCUCACUGUGGAAAGCUUUACCCUGAAGGCCUAGCUCAGCUGGCACGGGCUGACGACUACGAGCAGGUCAAAGCUGUUGCUGACUACUACCCUGAAUACAAGCUUCUGUUUGAGGGUGCUGGGAGUAACCCUGGCGAUAAAACGCUGGAGGAUCGCUUCUUUGAGCACGAGGUAAAGCUGAACAAACUGGCCUUCCUUAACCAGUUCCACUUCAGUGUGUUCUACGCUUACGUAAAGCUAAAGGAGCAGGAAUGCCGUAACAUCGUUUGGAUUGCAGAGUGUAUUGCUCAGAGGCACCGCGCUAAGAUAGACAACUAUAUCCCUAUUUUCUAAUGUUCUACACUCUCAUUAACUCCUGUCUGUAAUUGUCAUUCACACCCUGUUAUUUAUAAGUUCUGUAUAUUUUGAAUAAUUUCUAUAAUAUCUAAUGAUCUAUGUUUGUCUUGAAGUCCAGCUUUCAGGCAACGGCUUUCUCUGCUUGAGAUUUAACACGUUUACAACCUCAGAGAAGCCUCAGAGAAUCAUCCUGAGUGAUUUUUGCUUUAGUUAAAGUGUUGAAAACAUUAAUGCUCUUAACAUCCUGGUCCUGCAUCCAUAUUUUUUUCAUAAAAACAAACAAACAAAAAAAAUCACUGGAACAUGACUAUGAAUAAAGCAAAAGUGUAAUUGGACAUUUUCAAGACUUUAAGGCUGCAUAAUUGAGUCAAACAUUCCAUUAUUUUAACAUGUCUGUAUAAAUGUUCCCAAAUUAUACCUUGCUCUAUAGACAUAGAAUACUUUUAUUGUCAUUGUACAGCUGUACAACUAAAUUAUGAUACUUUCCCCUUGUAACGCAAAUUCCAACACAGUCAUUUCUCAAACCUAUCCAGUCGUAAUGAGUAUUACAAAAGCAUUGGUGGAAAAAAAAUGAGAUUUUAUGAUAGAAACGUGCCUAUGUGGACAAGUGUUGCGUUUUCUUGCGUAUGGAUGCAUUAUUCUGUUGAAGCUGAUGUGAAUUGUGCUGUUCUCUUUUUGUAAAUGAGUCUUGACUAACUUAUGGUGUAGAUCAAAUUUUAUCAACGAGAGCCAGAAGUGGAAGGUCGGACCUAUAGAAGAAUAUGAUUUAAUUGUGACCUCGCGUUCAGGUAUCCCUUGCUGUAUAAAUUAUACUGUAUUUCUGUAACCUUGCUUGUGUAUGGUGUUGGAGAGAAUUAUAUGGAAUCUGUGUCUAAA